GUAGGCAGCCUGCUCGCGACCCCUCUGCACCUGAAGAUGGUGGCCGAGAUCUUCAUGGACGGGGGCGCAGAGCCGCUGGACGGCGAGUGGGCUCUGGAGGUCUACGAGCUCUUCCGGAAGUUCGUGCGGCGCAAGGAGGAGGCGUCCCUGGACAAACAUGGCUUCCAGGCCGCCAACAUCGAAUGCGCUCCGUUCUUCAAACCUGACUUCUUUUCCCAAUUUCAUCAGAAUUGCGCCAUGUUCUUGCUGGUAUCAGACAGGCGGUUUAAGGAUGUGGACCCGCAGCCCUUUGAAGACUUCAUCUCCGACAACCUGGAGGUCCUCCAACGGCUGAAGACGGGCCUCAUGUGGGUGGGCGACGACGCAGCGCCCCGCUUCGUCCACUACACGCUCGUGGAGUACUUCGCGGCGGCGUGGCUGAGCGCGAACGUGGCGCGGGAAGCGGCGGCGCGGACGGUGGCGCGCUCCUUGAUCGCGGGCGCGAACCACGAGGGCGGCGGUGGCGGCGGCGGUGGCGUGCUGCUGCACUUCCUCGACGAGAUGCUGGCGGAGGACCCCUCGCUGCACAGCGCAGGGCACCACACGGAGGCCGCACGGUUCGCCGCAGGCAUCAACGAUGACCCUCUGACACACGUGGCAUUGGACAACGCGGAGUCGCAAGAUCCAAGAGUAGAGCCCCUGGACAGUGGGAAGGGCUCGCCCAACGUGCUCCAACUGCUGUUCAGCGGGGCCCAAGGGAGCGCCCACGAGAUGACUUCGCUCCACCUGGCGGCGGCCAACGGCCUCGCGGCGUGUGCGCGCGCUCUAAUACGACACGGAGCAGACGUCCACAGCGCAGAUGCAGACGGGAGGACGCCUCUACACGUAGCGGCCACUGAAGGACAUUGCAAUGUGCUUGAAGUUCUCGCGAAUGCUGGAUCAAACAUCAACGCAGAGACGGAGAAAAGCUUCUCCCGCCAUGAAGCCCUGAAAGGUCUCUUCUACUGUGUUAUCCCGCCCAUUUCGAGGUGGUACAAUGUGAAUCCCGACAAAGCAGGAAAGCAAACCCGGCGCCGUCCCUCCCACUACACCGCGAAGUUCUCUGAAUUCAUUAUGCGAACUGAGGAUGAAUUUGUCCAAAGAGUGACCCCGCUGACGCUAGCAGCUCGCAACGGGCAUAAGGAUUGCCUCUAUCGCUUGCUAGAGAAAGGGGCAGACGUGAAUGCUGGAGAUCCAACUGCUCUGCACGCGGCUGCGUAUGGAGGCCACCUCUCUGCCGUGUACGUUCUGCUGAAUGCCGGAGCGGAAGUAAAUGCAUUGACGGAUGACGGCGACUCGCCACUCGCGCUGGCGGCGAGGAAGGGGCACAAGGACUGCGUCGACGUUCUCAAGAGAGUGGAGGUCGAAAGCGUGACCGACGAGGGAGGGCGCACCCUCCUGCACGCGGCGGCUGAAAGAGGUCACGUGGACGCUGUUUAUCGCCUGCUGGAAGCUGGGGCUGACGUGAAUGCGAUAUCUGCGGAAGGAAUUACGGCGCUGGGGCUGGCGGCUGGCAACGGACACAUGGACUGCGUCCAUCGCUUGCUAGAGACAGGAGCGAACGUAAAUGCUGGACAGUACACACCUCUUCACGCGGCGACUGAACGGGGCCACAUGGACAUUGUUUGUCGUCUUUUGGAAGAAGGGGCGGACGUGAAUGCGAAGUCUCACAAAGGAAUGACGGCGCUGGCCCUGGCGGUUGGCAACGGAGAUAUGGACUUCUUCGACUUUCUGCUCAAGAGAGGUGCGGACGUGAAUGCUGGAGAGCUCACGCCUCUUCAUGUGGCGGCUGAACGACGCCGCCUGCAAAUUGUUCACCGCCUUUUGGCAGCAGGGGCGGAGGUUAAUGCGAAGUCGGCCGAAGGAAUAACACCGCUGGCGUUGGCGGCUGGCAACGGAGAUAUGAACUGUUUCGACGUCCUCGUCAAGAGAGGAGCGGACGUGAACGCCGGAGAGCUCACGCCUCUUCAUACGGCGUCUGCAGGUGGCCAAACACCCAUUGUCUAUCGCCUACUGAAUGCGAGGGUGGACGUGAAUGCCAAGUCGACUGAAGGAAAGACGCCGCUAGCGCUUGCAGCUGGCGAAGGAAAUGUUAACUGCGUCUCUAUCCUCCUCGGGUAUGGAGCUGACGUGCACGAGACCGACGCCAGGGGACACACGCCUCUUCACGCUGCAGUUAAAGGAGGCCACAGCGCUGUCAUUGAUUGUCUGCUGAAGGAAGGGGCGGUCGUGGAUGCCAGGUCGUCCAAAGGGAAAACGCCGCUAGCAUUGGCGGCUAGCGACGGGAACAGUUUGAUCAUCGACCUCCUGCUCGGGAAAGGAGCGGACGUGGGCGCGGCCGACAUGAACGGAAACACGCCACUUCACGCGGCGGCUGAAGGAGGCCACUUUCUCGCCGUGUAUCGCCUCUUGGCAGCUGGGGCUAAGGUUAAUGUGUCGUCUACCAAAGGAAGAACUCCGCUGGCGCUGGCGGUCCACAACAGGCACUGGGACUGCGUCGACCUCCUGAUCAAGAGAGGAGCAGAUGUGAGCACGGUCGACGCAGAAACGGAAACUGCUCUGCACGAUGCAGCGCAAGGAGGCUACCAGUAUUACAUGUUUAGCUUGCUGGAAGCCGGGGUGGAUGUGAAUGCGAAGUCAUCCGAAGGAAGUACGCCUCUGGUGCUGGCUGCUGGCAGCGGGCACAAGAAAUGCGUUGAGCUCUUACUCGAGAGAGGAGCGGACGUGGGAGCUGCCGAUUCGAGAGGACAUACGCCUCUCCACGCUGCGGCUCAACAUGGACACCUAGAUGUAGUGCUUCUUUUGAUAGAUGCCAAAGCAGAAGUGAAUGCUAGGACAGUCGAUGGAAUAACGCCCCUGGGGCUAGCGGCGGCCGGAGGCCACCACGACGCCGUCAAACACCUUCUGAAAGAGGGGGCGGACAUAGAUGCCAAGUCGGCCGAAGGGAAGACGGCGCUAGCGGUGGCGGCUGUCAGCGGUUCCUGGGAUUGCAUCGACCUCCUGCUCAAGAAAGGAGCGGACGUGGGCGCGGUCGACGCGAGAGGAUACACGGCUCUUCACGCCGCUGCUGCAAGUGGAUCGACGUUAGCCGUCAGUCGCCUCUUGAUAGCGGGGGCUGAGGUGAAUGCGAUGUCUGCCGAAGGAGAGACGCCGAUAAUGCUGGCGACUAACAACGGGCACAUGGGGUGCGUCGAUAUUCUCUCAGGAAAUGUCAAUAAGGAGAAGGUUAUGAGAAUGAAAGACUACGAGUGGCAGUGGCGGUCGCGGCGGCAGCGACAUCCACUUAGCUGCUGUUGGCUGGGGAUCUGCUUGUUGGCGACGCGAUGUCGCCUGAAGUGUAGGCGCUAGAGCUGUAGGCCGGCAACAAGGAGGGGUCCGCGUUGAUGUUCUCUCACGUUAGAAACAGUCGUGUGCGCGACGGAGUACUUGUGUAUAAUUUGUAUACUAAUUACAAUUUAUUGGCUUUUUCCCAGAAUAAAAUUUUUAACUGGC